GACUAUUUACCGAUGCGACCUGACCUGCUGAGUUAUUCCAGUAUUUUUAAGUGUUGCUCUGGAUUCCCAGCAUCUGAAGAAUCUCUUGUGGAUAGGGCCAUUCCUGCCGCUUUGCCCCAACGGACUACAAUUCCCAGCGGCCAUCGGGCAACGCGGCCGUCGAGCGGGCAACGGACGGGCUGUGAUGGAGAAAUGAAGAGGAUCUGACUGACUCCUCCCAACCACACUGGAAAAUGAAUUACUUCGGGGUGCUGAGUCUUGCUACCUGCGGAAUAGCCAGGAGUUCUCUGAAGCAGUACAAUGGUGCACUCCUGAAGGAGUUGGUAUCCUUGCAACACAGUUACUGUACUUCCCUGUGCCUCCAUGACCAGAAAAAGGACCAAAGCAAAUAUGAGAAGGUAGACCAUGAGAAAUAUGCCUCCUUGGUCCGCUCUGUUGUGUCAACAAAAGUCAGUCCGCAGGCUCCUGAGACACUGCUGGGAGAGGAUGACCUUUUGUAUGGACCUGUCAUCAAAUCAAAGCUGGCUGGGGAAGAGCUGGCACCUGUGGGCCUCCUGAAUCUGCCUCCGUUGUUGAACGGUGAGCGGCACUGUCCUCAGCGUGAGCCAGAAGCUGUUGUCCAGCCACCGCUGAGGAUUCCUCUGCAGAGGAACAGUGCCAAGACCAGGCUGCCCAGCGUAACACAGAUCCUGCAGCUAACCAUGAGCUUGGAGCAAGCCUUUUAUCUGGAAAGAUGGAGACGGAGGAUGAUGAAAGAGUUGGGCCCAGAUGGCUUUAAAGCAUACACUAAAAACAUUCUCAAUCGAGGGCGGCUUUUCCAUUCUGCUUUAGAGGACGCUCUUCUCUCAUCCAAAAUUCCGCAGACCAGCAAUGAGGAUGUAGCAGGGUACUUGCAAAGUGUAAAGAGUGUCCUGGAAGACGUUAAAGGAACCAGAGUAUUGGAGAGUGCGGUGAAUCACCUGCCUUUACAGUAUACAGGCCUGGUGGACUGUGUGGCUAAGUAUCGGGGCAAGCUGUGCGUUAUCGAUUGGAAAACCUCAGAGAAACCAAAGCCUUAUUUUCGAAACACCUUCGACAACCCGCUGCAGGUGGCAGCAUAUGCUGGGGCCCUCAACCACGACAACAACUAUGACUUCCAGGUUGAGCAGGGACUAAUCGUGGUGGCUUACAAGGACGGCAGGCCAGCACAUGCUCACUUCAUGGAGCCAGAGCUGCUUCUCACUUGCUGGCAGAGGUGGCUGCUUCGGCUGCAGAAGUACCAGGAGAAGAUCGGCACUCCCACAUGAGAGAGGCGAGUGACUGGGGAAAACAACACCAUGGCUCCGUCCCCAAAUCGACUCCAAGUCAGAUCAUUAAAUAUAGUCGAGAAUGAGUUCAAGUUCAAGAUUUUUUUUAGAGGUCAAGGGAUAUGGAGAGAUAGCAGGAACAAGGCAUUUGGAUGAAUAGCCACCAUUAUAUCGAACAGUAGAGCAGGCUUGAAGAACUGAAUGGCCUACUCCUGUUGCUGUUUCCUGAUGUCCAUAACUAUUACAUAAGCUCUAGGGGAUUUUGAACCAGCCUAAGAAUGUGAGGAGACAGAUAUCAAACCAUGUCUUUCUAUCUGUUAACAGAACUAUUAUGACUAGAAAUCUUCACUAUGUACCGUUUCUAUUACUGCAUCCUCGACCAGCUGUCACCAUGAACUGUAAGGUUUGGUGACAUCAUCAGCGGAUGUAGACUGAAGCUCAAGACUCAGUUGUGGAGUAGUUACAGCAUCCCACCAAGUACACUGCAGACAAAAUGGUAAUAAAUAGAUGCAUUUCUGACUAGCAAAGCAGAAGAACACAUACUUCAACGUCUCUGCUUUUAUUAGGUGCAAGGUUUGUCCCUGUAAGUGAAGUGUAAAGAAAUUGUUUUGUGCUGUGUGCCCUGAAGCAAUCCAAACACCUUCAGCAGAAAAACAGGAAAAGGGCCACUCAGCUUAUUGAGACCAUAUCAGCUCUAUGUGAGACCAAUCCAUCCAGUCCCAUUCCCCCAACCUGUCCCCUUAACCCUGGAGAUGGUUUCCUGUCAGAUGUAUCUUGGUCUAUAAUUGAAGCGGCCACUACUACAUCUGUGUACUGUAUUCACAUCCUGAUGGCUCACUGUAUAAAGUUGUCAUUUCCUA